AUGGGGCCUGUGAGCCUAGCGACCUCGGAGCCGGCAGCCGGCACGCUGGUGACCGCCACAGGCUGGGGCGCGCUCUGGUACGACGGGCCGGCCGCCGAACACCUGCAGGCCGUCACGACAUCCAUCGUGGACAGAGCCUCGUGCGCCGCCAGUUUCGCAAACCUCGGUCUCGACAUCACGGAGCGCAUGAUCUGCGCCGGCGAUCCAGAGGGCGGCAGGGACGCGUGCUCUGGAGACAGCGGCGGACCCCUGGUGGAGGGGUCCACGCAGUACGGCGUCGUUUCCUGGGGCCACGAAUGCGCUCUGGCCGAUUACCCGGGCGUCUACGCCAACGUCGCUGCUCUGCGCUCCUGGAUCAGCGAAACAACAGGCGUGUAG